CGGCGCCGGCCCCGCCCCGGCGCGGUCACGGGGCCUCUCGGCGCAGCGAUGGCGGCGCCCAGCGCCGUGUGGCUCGGCGGGGGCUCGGUAGAGUGGGUGCCGUGCCCCUACGACGUCCAUCACCGCGUCCCCCGUGCGUCGCUGGAGAGGCACGCGGCGUCCUGCCGGCUCCGCAAGAUGGGAUACUCCGCUGAGGAGGAGGCCGAGAUGUACGACUCCAGCUUUUUCUACGAAAACCUGAAGGUUCCCUCCGUCGCCAUGGAUAAAGAUCUACAGUUUCAUAUUGUUAAGCAGGCUAGAGCUCAAAGUGUGAAGGAAGGUACAGGCUACAGUGAAGGAUCUUACUCAUUACUGCCCAUAGAAGUUCCUCAAAACCAUAAGCGUUUCAUCUGUGACCUGACUCAAGCUGACCGCCUUGCUCUUUACGAUUACGUUGUUGAGGAAACAAAGAAACAGAGGUCUAGAUCCCAGAUAACGGAAAAUGACAGUGAUCUCUUUGUGGAUUUAGCAGCAAAAAUCACUCAAGAUGAUAGUCAGAAAGGUCCAAAGUCCCAUCUUGAAAUUCUGGCUGAAAUGCGAGAUUACAAAAGGCGGCGGCAGUCAUACAGAGCUAAGAAUGUUCAUAUAACGAAGAAGUCCUACACUGAGGUGAUUCGGGAUGUGAUUGGUGUGCAUUUGGAAGAGCUCAGCAAUCAGUGGCAGGAGGAGAACAGGUUGGAUAAUGCAGAGAUAUGUGAAGGAGGGAAGUCGAAAUCUUCAGGAAGGUAUGCCACAGCUGACAGAUUCUUCGGGCAUGGAGCAGAUUGUAAUUCUACCUUACCACUUUCUUCUAACAGCACAUACCAGCCUUAUCUGAAUCAUAUGCAUGUUUUAUUUUAUACUCGUUCUAUUAAGUCUUGCUUGAGAAGCUCUGCCUGCAUGAAGGAUGGGGAAAAAUUAUUAAGUAUCUUUCUUUCAGAGGUAAGUAGGCUAGUUGCAAGUGAUUCAGCUGAACAGGUAGUUUCUGGUGGAUCUGGGUGAUGAAUAGUGCUUCCUCUGUGCCCAAAUGUGUGCAUAUGUUGUAGCUGGCUACAGAGGGACACUUGGAAAUACAAGUACACAAUUUCUUACCCUUCCCUACCACAUGACAUGUGUUAGCUAUAUUAAACCUCAGAGUAAAGGUUUCCAUAACAUAAUAAAUAUGGGGAGGCUUUACAGUUCUUACCCCUGCAAAUGCUGCUGUGCUAAUUGGGAGUGUGUUUUAGCUGUACUUAUUUCUGCUGUGUCAAGCAACACCGCGCACCCUUCCAAACAUUUGUCACUGAAGUAAGUGUGGAGUCAUGACCUAGUGAUAGCCUAUUUGUGCCUCUUCAGCAGGCCUUUGAGAGGAGAAUGUUUUUGAAACAAACUACAGAGUGGCACUCUGUGCCCAGAAUUAAAAUGAAGAUGAAUGGGUGGCAGAGCACUGGAACAGGGAGGUCGUGGAGUCUGCCUCACUGGAGACAUUCAAAAGCCACAUGGACACGUUCUGGUGUAACCUGCUUUAGGUGACCCUGCCUUGGCAAGGGGAGUGGAGUAGAUGAUCUGCAGAGGUCCCUUCCAGCCCUAACAAUUCUGUGAUUCUGAGAUCAGGACUUGGGUUCUCCACUGUAGGCUGCAACUUAAGACAGGUGGUUGAAGAGUUAAAGAUUUAAAGCAAAAGAGAAUGAACCCCUUAUACUGCAGAGGUGUUAAGACUGAGGAGCUGUGUUUAUAGGAAAUAAUUGGAUUGAAUAGCGUGCUGAGAUAUGCACCUGUAAGAGCAUGGUCUUCAGGCCUCUUUUGGUAGGUA